AUGUUCCUGCUGACGCUGACGGCCGGCGCGGACAGCCUGCACCCGCCGGAGUGUGGCGUGGGCGAGACCUGCGAGAAGGCGACGUCGUACCAGUUCGCGGUGCUCUUCAUCGCCUUCGCAUUCCUGGUGCUGGGCUCGGCGGGGAUCCGCCCCUGCAGCAUGCCCUUCGGAGCGGACCAGUUCGACCCCACCACGGAGUCCGGCAAGCGCGGCAUCAACAGCUUCUUCAACUGGUACUACUUCACCUUCACGGCGGCCAUGAUGAUCUCCGCCACCGUCAUCAUCUACGUGCAGAGCAACGUGAGCUGGCCCAUCGGGCUGGGCAUCCCGACGGCGCUCAUGUUCCUGGCCUGCGUGCUCUUCUUCAUGGGCACGCGCCUCUACGUGCGGGUGACGCCCGAGGGCAGCCCCUUCACCAGCGUCGUGCAGGUGCUGGCGGCCGCGCUCAAGAAGCGGUCGCUGAAGCAGCCCAAGGACCCGAAGCAGGACCUCUUCGACCCGCCGCACACCAGCGCCAUCGUCACCAAGCUCGCGCACACGGACCAGUUCCACUGCCUCGACAAGGCGGCCAUCGUGGCGUCCCCGGACGAGGUGCGCCCCGGCAGCGCCGCGCCCGCCGACCCCUGGAGGCUCUGCAGCGUGCAGCAGGUGGAGGAGGUCAAGUGCCUCAUCCGCAUCGUGCCGGUCUGGUCCACGGGGAUCAUCUACUACGUCGCCGUGGUGCAGCAGUCCACGUACGUGGUGCUCUCGGCGCUGCAGUCCGACCGCCACCUCGGCCGCGGCGGCUUCCAGAUCCCCGCAGCGUCGUUCACCGUCUUCGCCAUGCUCGCGCAGACGCUGUGGAUCCCCUUCUACGACCGCCUCCUGCUGCCCAAGCUCCGGAAGAUAACCGGCAAGGAGGAGGGGUUCACGCUGCUGCAGCGCCAGGGCAUCGGCAUCGCGCUCUCCACCGUGGCCAUGGUCAUCUCGGCCAUCGUCGAGGACCGGCGCCGUGCCAUCGCGCUGAGCCACCCGACGCUCGGCACCACCAUCACCGGCGGGGCGAUCUCGGCCAUGUCCAGCCUGUGGAUGGUGCCGCAGCUCAUGAUCCUGGGACUGUCGGAGGCAUUCAACCUCAUCAGCCAGAUCGAGUUCUACUACAAGGAGAUCCCGGAGCACAUGCGCAGCGUGGCGGGGGCGCUCGCUUUCUGCAACCUGGCGCUCGGCAACUACCUCAGCGGCUUCCUGGUGACCAUCGUGCACCGGACCACGGGGUCCGGGCAGAACUGGCUGGCGCAGGACCUCAACAAGGGCCGCCUCGACCUCUUCUACUGGACCAUCGCCGGCAUCGGCGUCUUUAACCUCAUCUACUUCGUCAUCUGCGCCAGGUGGUACAGGUUCAAGGGGGCCAGCAACUAA